AUGGCUCUUCAUCAGCAUAUACCAUUUCUCUUUCUGCUUUCAUUUGUCACUUUGUUAACGAUGAAUGGAAACACAAUGCAGGGUGAGGCGCGACACCUUAUGGAGAUAACCUUGCCUGAGUUUCAAAAGCCUGAAUUGCCACCGCUUCCUCAUGUUCCAACACUACCAAAACCUGAGCUGCCACCAUUGCCCGAGCUUCCUAAGCCUGAAUUGCCUCAAGUCCCGACUUUGCCAAAGCCUGAGUUUCCGACUCUGCCAAAGCCAGAAGUCCCAAAACUGCCUGAAAUCCCGGCUUUACCCCAUCUUGCUGGCCUGCCUAAGCCCACAAUCCCAACCAUUCCAACCCUGCCAAAGGACUUGCACAUUCCUUAA